AUGCAAUAUUUGUUGGGAUUAAUUUGCUUGACGGCAAUAUGCAUCGAGUCAGGUUUGGCAAUUUCUUGUUACGAGUGCAACAGCGCACUGGACAAACGUUGCAUAGGCGACGCCAACAACCAACUCAGCGACGAUCUGAGAAAACCCUGUCCGGAAAAGAAAGACGACAAACCCUACACCCUUUGCAGGAAAAUCAAGCAAAUGAUCGACUUUGAAGUAAAUGGACUUCAACCUGAUAGUAGAGUGAUUAGAACUUGUGGCUGGGAAGAUUCUCAGUACAAAAAUCGUUGUUAUCAGAGAUCAGGAUUCGGUGGCAGACAAGAAGUGUGCGCUUGUGAUGGCAACAAUUGUAAUGGAAGCUCGUUUGUAGCUGCCUCGAUGUCACUUGUAGCUGGGGUUUUGGUGCUUUUAAAAAUUCACAAUUUUUAA